CGUCAUCAUCCUGCGCAGAGCUGAGGUGGCGUUUGUAAGGAGCGUAUUUUAUCUUCAAUCGGAGCCGUUGCUACGUUACGGUGCUAACAUUUGGUCUCUCUGUCAGGCUCGUCGUUACUCAGACUUCCAUCAUGACUAAACUCCUUCAGUGGCUGCUUGGAGUCUCGCUUCUGGGUAUCAUAUGGGCUGUGAUCGCUUUCGACCUGCUGGAGCUGAGCGUCCCCGGGACCUACAGGGAGGUGGCCUGGUCCAUGCCCCUCUACCUGCUGGUUUCAUUCGGUUGCUACUCCCUGGCCACCGUGGGCUACCGGGUGGCCACCUUCAACGACUGCGAUGAGGCGGCCAGAGAACUUCAAGAGCAGAUCAAAGAAGCAAAAGAGGACCUGAGGAAAAAGGGGUUAAAGAUAUAAAACACAUAUUGAAACUGUGGAGACUGAAAAAGGGGGAAGAAAACGAGAUAUGUAGCUGUUAGAUCAUCUGGGAGCAUCUUUAAUGGAAAUAGGAAUGUGGACAUGAAUCACUGGAGAACAUCAAACAGUCCUGGUCACGUCAUGUUUUUCUUGGCAGAAAGUUAGUUUAAAGUUACUGGAUUAAACUCACUUCCAAUAUUGUUUUUCCAAUAGUUCUUCUAUUUUGUUUUAAAUAUUUAUUUUAUUAGGAUAAAUUAUCCCCCUGAGACCAAGCAACCUUAACAGAUUUAUUUGGAAUUUUUUCCAUUUGCAUUUUUGCGCUUGCAGUGAUUUGGGCCAAUACUGAUUCAGUAUUACUUGUUGUUUUUUUUUCUCCUGUUUCACUUUUCAAAAACUUCAAAAAAUAAUACUAACAAGUUUUUUUUAGGUCUGUAAAAUACAAAAGGAAAAUAGUGUGUUAUGAAUUUUCUUUUCCAUGUUUUAAAUAAUAUUCUGCUCUGAUUUGUUUUUGUUUCUGUGAUUUUGGUUAUGCAAUUUUGUGGAUUUUUUUUAUUAGCACUAUAAAAGAUCAAUAUCUGUAAGAUAAUUUCUUCCUCAAGACUCAAUUUUAGUUUCUGUCAUUUUUUCUUUAAGGUUAAGGACCUGGAUGGUUCUGUUUAUUCGGUGAAGCAUGUUGCUGAUAAGCCCUUUUUUUUAUUUCUCAACACAAUUGUUCAAGCAAAUUCAGCUGGGCAUUAAGAUAAUUCGAAACAGCAUCAUGCUCUUAGUUUUAAUCCAUUUAAUCAAUAGGAAGCCAUACAGUGCUGCAUAAUGUGAUUGUGCAUUUCUUCAAAAAUAUGGUUGGAUUGUUUUACCCAUCUACCUGUACCACCAGAAGCUUGCAGCAUUUUACUGAAAUCACAAUAAGGUACUGAAAAUGUUACAAAGGAACACUUGGUGCACCGACAGAUAUUUAUUGGAUGCUUCCAGUUGUUGUCUGCCGAGCUACAGUUAGAUUUGAAGUGAAAUUUAGGUUUUCUGUAUUCCUUAAGAGCUUAGUGCUUGUCAGAGCAAAUGGGCUUGGAUUUUACCUGUAAAGAACUGUGCAUUCCUCUGUUCAGUUUCUAAAAUGUGCCCUUUAGCCAUUUACUGUGAAUUAAUUAAACGAGAGCCUAUUUUCUCAGCUGGUGUCUUUCUGUGGGUUGCAGGAUCUGAUGGUUUGUGCAAUGUUUACUGGGUCUUUCCAAAUUACGAACUGCCACUGGGCAUAACCAUAUUUUAUUAUGCUAUAAUGAAAAAUCAUAUUGCCACACAAUUUGACAGACAAAAUUUGCAU